UCAUUGUCACCUCCAUCAUGCAUGCAAAAUACGUUCGAUUGUCAUCAUAGGCAAACGGUAACAUAAUUUCUAUUUCUAUUUCCUCCCCCCAACACUGCCUCCGCAGUGGGGCAAAUUACCCCACUUUGAACGUGAUAUGAUGCAUGUCAAUAGACUCGUGAAGUACAUGAGGAAUUGUUGUAGACGCACACGUAAAGAACCGCUCGAUUCCUCUUCGCCAUGUUGGCUUUGAAUCUGCUACUCGGAGCCCUGCUUGUAGAAUGGACCUGUCCUAUUGAAGCCUCGUUGCUUGCUCGAUCACCUGUCAAUAUCAAUGCAACAAUUCUAGGCAAUUCGAAAGUAGCGAUGGCGUGGUACGCGGGAUGGCAUUCAACGGACUUUCCGUUGUCGAAAGUUAGCUGGGAGAAGUACACUCACAUGGCAUAUGCGUUUGGUGUUACGUCUCCAAAUCCCACUGAGAUAUCGCUUGUAGAUUCGGAUGAAGAGUUGUUACCGCAGUUUGUAAAGACAGCCCAUCAACAUAAUGUCAAAGCAACACUAUCUAUCGGCGGUUGGACCGGUUCGCGGUAUUUUUCGACCAAUGUCGGUUCUCCUCAAAACCGAUCGACAUUUGUUAAGACCCUUGUUGACGUGGUAAAAAAAUAUGAGCUCGAUGGACUGGAUAUUGACUGGGAGUAUCCGAACCGUCAGGGAACCGGAUGUAAUACGAUUAACGACAGUGAUACUGCCAACCUCCUCUCGCUCCUUCAAGAGCUCCGGAAGGACCCUGUAGGAGCUAAGAUGGUCCUAUCAGCGGCUACCUCAAUUCAACCCUGGAAUGACACCAGCGGCACGCCCUCGACCAACUUGUCAGCCUUUGCACCAGUCUUCGAUUUCAUAACGAUCAUGAACUAUGCUGUUUGGGGGACGACAUCUGCAUUUGCUGGACCCAACGCGCCCUUGAAUGAUACAUGCGCUGCUCAAAAUAAUCGAGUUGGAUCAGCCGUGUCUGCUGUCAAAGCAUGGUCCGCUGUAGGUAUUCCGCUGGAUAAACUUGUCUUGGGUGUACCCUCGUAUGGCCAGUCGUUUGUCGUAGACAGGAAUGAUGCUGGCUCUGCGACGGCGCUUGCAUCAUUUCCCAAGUUCAAUGCAAAGGCUCAGCAUGUCGGAGACAAGUGGGAUUCUCCUGGCGGUCCGGACGUUUGUGGAAACUUAGUCGGUCCCUCUGGUACAUACUCGUUCAAGGGACUUAUGGAUGCGGCGUAUCUGAAUAACGAUGGAUCUGCCAAGAACGGUAUCUGGUUCAAGUACGAUAAUUGUAGUCAAACGCCAUACGUAUAUGAUCCACAGACCCAGACUCUUGUCUCGUUUGACAACGCCGACUCUUUUGCUGCGAAAGGAGACUUCAUUAAAUCUACUGGACUGAAAGGCUUCGCUAUUUGGGAAGCCGCUGGGGACUACAAUGACACUCUUCUGGACUCUAUCCUUUUCUCCACUGCAAAUGGGAAUCCAAACAAACCUCAACCCAGCGGCGAGUCUCCAGGGUCAAGGACGCAAGGAAAUUCAGCGAUAGAUCUUCACUCUAAUAAACUUAUUCUCCUUUUCCUCACGGUCGUUCCGACUGUUUUGCUCAAAUUCAUUGAACAGUCGUAGAUAUUACAUACAUUAUUGCAGUCGGUUACAACCCCUUACUUUACACGGACUUUAUAUCGAAACCUUUGAGCGAAUAGGGCUGUUCAAUUCUAAAUUUUCAAACGUU